CAUUUUGUUUCCAAAUGUUGUUACCUAAACACGAGCGAGUGCUACGAAUUUCCGCAGGCCGCCAAAGAAAAACAGCUUUUAACCUGGGUCAACGUAACAUUUGAAUGGUUUAAUAUACAGCCAAGGUAGAGCUGUUCUGGGGAAAUCAGUUUCCGGUAAAGGAAGUGUUAUACAAAGUCCUUGCAAGAUGAUGCGAAAUUUCGGGAUGUUAUCAAUUAGGAGGAGCAGCUGGAUGACCCACUGGUGCUCUAAGGAACGGGCGUGGAUGUCCACCCUGUGGCUAAAAGUGCCUGAUAUUGCAGCAUGCCCUCAGAAGUCGUUAAAAUGCCAUAACCUUAAGCAAUGUCGAAGUCUACACGAGAGCACUAAUGCGGAAAGAGAGCCCGGCAACAUCAAAGAAAACGCCAAAAAGCCCGAGGACCUGGACAGAGCUUACGAAGUUUUAAGAACCACGCUGCCCAAGUUGUUCGUGGAGCCCCUAGACUACUCCAUAUACAGCCCGGACCUCAUUUUCCAGAACAACAUCACCGGUAAGCACACGGUGGGAUUGUAUCACUACGUCAAACAGAUCGCCAUACUGCGCACGGUGGGACAUCUAAAGUACGCCUACGUGAAGUUCGAGGUCCUUAAGAUUACAAAGCACCAGGAUGACUACACGGUGAGGAUAAGGUGGCGAGUGAGGGGCAUUUCCGGACUGAAGGUCAUGUUCCAGUUCUGGAAAUACAAGCUUUGGCAGCUAAAAGAAGUACUAAAGGACCAGGAAGCAUGGUACGAUGGAUACUCCAUCUGCUACCUUGGCGACGAUGGGCUCAUCGCCAAACAUAUUGUCGACAAAGUGAUGCCAGACGAGAGUCGGGAGGUGGUAGAGAACCCUUCUGCAACGGCUCUGCCCCCCGGAUCCCUGGCGGCGACCUCUUCCCAGAAGAUCAGCUGCCAAUAAAGUCGUUGCUAGCUUUAAAUGUUACUUAUUUAUUGUAUUACUAAAAGUAAUAAACUGAAGCUCUAAAAUGUUUAGUAA